UCCGGCGGUGUGUGUGUGUGUGUUCUUAAUUGUGUCUUUGUGAACGUCUCCAGCUAGCCGAGCCUGUAAAGCUGCCCUCCUGCUGGUUGAAGACGGAGGGGCCGCGUUCAGCGGGGAGUCAAGAUGGUUGACAGACUGGGUGAGACUGUCUUCCAGCGACGCUUCAACGGACAGCAAGCGUGCACAGUGAGGCCAACACCAGGAGGAUACACAUCGUUGAACAAUGCUUUGGAUCCAGUGGUCAGUCUCUGAUAAAGGUUGGGAGGGUGCUCGUAGGAGAGGGCGUGUUGACUAAACUGUGUCGCAAGAAAGCCAAACCGAGGCAGUUUUUUCUCUUCAAUGAUGCUCUUGUAUAUGGAAACAUCGUCAUUGACAAAAAGAAGUACAACAAGCAGCACAUUAUUCCACUCGAAGAUGUCAAACUUCAGUCACUGGAGAAUGAUGGACCCUGGAAGAAUGGAUGGCAGGUGAUCUCUCCCAAGAAGUCUUUUGCCGUCUUUGCAGCAACUCCGACAGAGAAGGCGGAAUGGAUGGCUCACAUCAACAAGUGUAUCGUGGAUCUCCUGGCCAAGACCAACAAAAUGCCAGCGACGGAACAUGCGGCGGUCUGGGUACCGGACGGCGAUGCCUCGACGUGUAUGCACUGCCUCAAGACAAAGUUCACACCCAUCAACAGAAGACAUCACUGUCGGAAGUGUGGUGCAGUUGUGUGUGGAGCCUGCUCCAACAGAAAGUUCCUCUUAUCCUACCAGGCAGAGCGACCUCUCAGAGUCUGCAUAUCCUGCUACGAUGCCCUCACUGCACAGCAAGCUGAGGCUGAUAGAUCAAGUCCACCACCUUCAACAUUCGUAACACCGUCCCAAAGAUCACAGUAUGAGGUAUGUUCUAGGCCA